AUGGCAUCGCCCACCUUUACCUUCACGCGGACCCUAACCCGCACCACGAUGCGGCUGCGACAGUCCGCUCUCCCGCUCACGCUGGGCCUGACCACAGGGCUCGUGGCCGUAGCCCACCAGCGGCCCAUGCGCCUCGACUCGGGCCCGUCCCAGCGGCGCUCUCUCGCCAGCGGGCAACACGAUCCCCCCAAGAGGAGAGAGCUGCUGGACGCCGAAACGGUCAAGGAGCUGUCCGGGGGCAGCCUCGCCGGGUUCUUCGCCGGGUUGCUGGUCAGCGUCUUCUCCAAGACGCUCGUCCUGCUGGCGGGCAUCGCAAUGCUGGUUAUCCAGGCCGCCGCGCGCAACGGGAUAGACCUCGUCGCGUACCUCAAGCUCAAGGACCGGGUCAAGUCGUCGCGUGUGCUGGCGGCGCUGAACCAGCACGCGGCCUUCAAGCUCUCGUUUGCCCUCGCGUUCUCCCUCUCGGCAUUCAUGUCAUUCUAA